UCAAGUUAACAUCACACACAUACAUGUAGAGGCUCUCGCAGAAACCCUAGCGAAGCACACGCUUCGGCACAACUUCGCACAUGGAGGAUCAUCCGCGCCGGCGCUCCGCCGGCUCGGCGGCGGGCAGGCGACUGCGCUGCCUCCUCGCCCUGACCGGCGACUACCUCAAGUACCUCUUCAUGAAGCGGCGCCGGCUCAUGCACAGGGUCGCGCGGAGGACGCUGGCGCUCGUCCACCGCCACCACGGCGGGCGCGGCAAGCAGGGCCACCACCGCCCGUGGCCCGCUCGCGCGCUCAUGGAGCACGAGUUCUCGUGCGCCGACAGCCCCAGCCCCGCGUUCCUCGCCGCCAAGAGGCUGCUGCUGCGCUCCCGGGUGCCCGGCGCCGUGUCGUCCUGCUUCGGCUCGCUCCGAGCGCCGUGCGGUUCGCCAGAGACGGCGGCGGCGGCGGCGUCGGAGGCCGAGGCUUCUGCGGUAGAAGAGCAGGAUCGUCAGUUGGGGACGGAGGACGAGGAGGAAGAUGACGAUGCGGUGCUGGCCGAUGACGGGUGGGCGCAGUGCGGUGAGCUUCCUGACGUGGACGACAGGGCCGAGGAGUUCAUCAACAUGUUCUACGAGCAGCUUAGGGCGCAGAGCUUCGCCGCUGUUUUCCAGGGCUCGCCAUGACUCGAUAAUCAUGGCGUGCAAAGAGUGGUCCUCUUGAUCUCGCGAGAUCUUCGUUCGUUUGUGUGGUUUAAAUUAAAUUUGGAGGAGGAGCCUUACUUCACUUCUCGAGAAUGUGUUUGUAUUUGUAGAUUUUUUAUGUACGAAGAGUGAGUGUGGCACAAUAUACGAUUCGAGCAUAUAGUCGUUAA